GAGACCGGAAGUUGUUUAUAAGAGAUGCUACAUAAUUCUUACUUUCUGAACUUAUUUUAUUUCUAACUUAGUUUAUUGUAACACAAUGACUAAUAUAGCUGAAGCUAGAAUUAGAAGAGAAUUCAAAGAAGUUGUCAAAAGUGAUGAGGUUGCAGCUUGUAAUAUAAAAGUAGAAUUGGUAAAUGAUACAUUUAAUGAGUUACGAGGAGAGAUAGCAGGACCUCCAGAUACACCAUAUGCUGGUGGUCAAUUUCAUUUAGAAAUUAAAAUACCAGAAACAUACCCUUUUAAUCCCCCAAUAGUAAAAUUUCUAACAAAAAUAUGGCAUCCAAAUAUAAGUUCAGUUACUGGGGCUAUUUGCCUAGAUAUAUUAAAAGAUCAAUGGGCUGCAGCAAUGACCUUACGAACGGUUUUACUUUCAUUACAAGCUUUAUUGGCUGCAGCCGAACCUGAUGAUCCACAAGAUGCAGUAGUUGCCCAGCAGUAUAAAGAAAAUCAUAGUAUAUUUGAAAAGACAGCGCAUCAUUGGACAGCAGUUUAUGCUGGAGGUCCCAAGUCAUACCCAGAUUUAGAUUCAAAAAUUUUGUCAUUAAAAACUAUGGGAUUUGAAGAGCAUCAAGCUCGUGCCGCUUUAUCAUCUAAAGGCUGGGAUCUGGAGAGAGCUACAGAAUAUUUAAUAAACUAAUAUUUAACCUGCUACUAAAAUUGUGAUGAAAAAGUCUGAGAAAGAAUUGUUUUUGUGACAGGACACUUUGAUAUUCAUUUGUAACAAUGAAACAACUGUGAAUAGUGAACUACAUCUUCACAAGAUUAUCGUUGCAAAGUUUAGUCUGCCACACUCUACCAAAUAGUAUAUAAAUAUAUGUUCAUUUUGUGAACUUUUUUACACAAUAUCUCUCAAAUUAUAAUACAUGUUUAUCAGUAAGGCUGCAACGAUAGAGUCAAAUCUAUAUUGCAGUAUGUUGCAAUAUGUAUGGUUUUCAGUUAACAAAUUUUUAUGAUCACUAAGUGUGAUAAAGAAUCUGUUAUUAUUAAUUCAAGAAAAAUCAGGUUUUAAUUAAUAUCAAGGACUGUUUCUAAAAGGACUGUCUUAAAACAGUGAUAUUAUCGAGAGAUAAGCAAGGAUAUAGUAUUUGUAUAAAUUUAAUUUGUCAAAAUUUCUAAACUAAAAUGUACAUGUAUAUUUAAAGAUGGGUUCCCAGAAAAGUGUUUAUCGGGUGGUUAUUUCCAAUAAAAGUAUGGCAAUUUGGGUAUAUAUGGAAAGUAGAGAUAUCCAAUCUUACUAGAAAAAUACUGGAUUCCCCGAAAAACACUCAUGGAGCGUAUACAAGACAAAAAUGUAAGGGUUCCCCUAAUCAACAGCCCGACGAUUAGGAACUUCUGCACGCAUGAUGUCAAAGGUCACAAGCGAACAUUGAGUGCUUGAUGUACAAGUUGAUAAACAUUAUGAAGAGUUAGAUGUACAAUACUUUCUGAGAUAAAAAUGACGGAAAAAGACGCGGGUAGUGGAUAAUCCGAGAAUUUAAUUAGGAUUCGAUAUUUGUAAUAAAUAGUAAGCGAUUAAAGACAACAUCGUCUUAUGUAUGCAAUGAAUUCUCCUCUGACUCCCAAGACGUGAAGUAAACAUGACCUGGUUUGAUUGAAUUUUAAUAGCAGGGCAUUCCUUCGCAAUUACAAUGUUUGAGAAGAAUUUGAAGCAUAAUUAUGACAAAUUAAUUAGUUUGAAUAUGUUUUUGGUCCAUAUAUACCAUUAAAUCACCCAGUUUGUACGCAGGAACCCAUCUUUAACAUUUAGCAUGGUUACAGAGAUACUUAUUUCCCCAUUAAGGAAAUGGAUAUUUUUCCACUGUAUAUUUCCAUUGAUAUGGCUAUAUAUUUCAAUACAGUAGAAUCUGCAUUAAGCAGCCACCCAAGGGAAUUUUCACGACUGACCGCUUAACGGGAGUGGUCUCUUAAUAUAAUCUUGGUUCUUUUUGUGCUGACAUAAAUUAAAUAUUGCGCUUGGAUGCAUUGGAAACGAACAUCAAUACUUGCAUCGGUAAAUUUGACCGUCGCUGAAUCUUUACUCAAGUCUCGCACAUAACUUCUGUAAACUUGUCAUUUGUACCAACCUUCGAUACUACUGUCUACCAUUGUGAUGCAUUCGAUAAUAUUUAUCCAUUUUUGUGAAGAAAAUCGAUGAAUUAAUUUUAUUUUAUCAAAAAAGCAUGUGAACAAAAAAACAUCGAUGAUUUUAUCACCUAUUUACAGGGGGUGUAACUCCGUGUGUAAUAUUACAGGAGGCGCUAAAACGUCUGUUUAACAACAAAGUGGCAAUGGAAAAGAGAUACCAGAUGAUCGUGACAAAACUCGUUACUUUUAUUUUAUUCAAUCAGUAUGAAAUAAUGUGUCAUUACGCGUGAAAACAAUGAUCAGGUUAGUCGUUUAAUAAAACAAAAGAUUAAUUUAACAGAUAAUCCCAGGUUGAUUGCUAUUUUUGCAUUUCUUUUUACCUGAUCAGUGGGGGUCCAGUUAAUUAACUACUACUCACGGGAUUAGCGGGGGUGUUAAAAAGAACGACAAGAUGGUAUCAUUCAACAAUAGCCGUUGAAUGGGCGAUGUUUUGUUGAAUUUAUGAGUAAAAUAGUGACCGCUGGCCGUGUUAAGAGGAGUGACCGUUGAAUAAAGAGAUGAAACAAUAGAAUUUUUACAGGGGGAAUUUAUUGUGACUGCUUACAAGGAGAUGUCGCUGAAUAGGAGUGGCUGCUCAUACAGAUUCUACUGUAUAUUGUUGCAGCCUUAUUAAUUAAGCUACUACCACCCGGUUUAUUAUUAUUUAUGUGUGCAGAUUACUGCAGAUUGUUUCAUUUGCCUUAUUGUAAAGGACUGUAACACAAUUUCAAAACAUCAUGUAUAGUAUAUCCAAUCUUCACAACAUCAUGUUGUUGACAUAUGGAAGCUAUCUCAAUGCAUUGGUUAUCUGUUAUUUAUUAUUGUUAAAAAAAAAUUAGAACUGAUGAAUAAUUGAUGCAGCAUCUAAAAACAUACAUUUUUUUUAAAGGCUUGAUGCAUCAUUUGCAUUUCCGCUAAAAUAUCAAAUUGAUCAAUAUACCAACGUUAGAUGAGAUCGUCUCCUGUCUUGGAUUCAAUCAGAUUUAAAGUAGUCUCAUCUGGUUUCUCCACUACCAAUAAAAGAUGGUGGUGUCUUGUUAAUUUCAGUUUAUCGUAACUUUGUAAAUAAUUAACGGAUUAAAUCAUUUUUGGACUGAUAUUCUUGUUAGAGAUUAAAGUUUCACAAUAUUGUAAUUUGUUAGGGAUUCCUAUAGAGCUAAAUGACACAUCGAGUCUUUAAGUUACAUUCAAAGAUAGAUUCCAUCAAGCAUAAUGGGGUCAACUGUGUGACCCUCUUAUGUUAUUUAUUAUCAGAAAGAAAUUGUAAUGACCAGAAAAUAUCAAUUUAUAGACUCCAGUUGCCCAUAAGCCCUCAAUAAAUUAAACAAGUUAAUUAUUACAGAUUGUUAAUCACUGAGCUUUAUAUUGCUAUUUGAGCAAGUACAUAACUCGCACAAUGCUCAGCCAUUCAUCAUUUGCAUUUUGCAAGUGUUAUCCAUGAUGGCGGCUAUGUUAUAUCUGUAGAUAGUCAAAAAUGUUUUAGUUGAAAUAUCUCGACAAUGUUUUGGGUUACAAAUUAGUUUUUUCUGGUAGGUUAUGUAUGUUUUUCCAAUUUAUGGUUAUAUAUUUAGGAUCACAUUGGUAAUGGAAAUGUCUUUACUGUAUGAAAUCCACACAAAUUUUGAAAAAUCUGAUAUGUUCUAAAGGUUUUGUAAAACAUAACAUACAAAGUUAUCUGGAGGAUUAUAAACCAUAUUUUUGUGUUUUAUCCAAUUUAUAAAAAUUUAAGAGACAUGAGCCAUUAAAUUAAAUUAAUAACUGUGUGCCAAAGAUAUACAUUUUAACCAAUCUGUAAUAAUUCCACUUUAUAAUUUUAUAAAUUAUCAGUGAAUAAUAAUAAUAUAUUAUUUACCAAAAUCACAAACUAUUCAACUAAAUAUCUGCUAGUUUUUCGUAUGGAAUUUAUCAUUUUGUUGACAGUGAACAAAAUAUUGGUUUUCUUCCUAAAAUAUCCUAUAUAUAUCAAUAAUGUUACAACCAGUUAAGUUGAUUUAAUUGUUUUCAAUUGUAUUUUCAAGGUAGAGUUUGAAUAAAUGUCCAUCAAUAACCUAAUUGGGUUUUUUUUUUAAAUUUAUUUCUAUUCUUCUUUUAUAUUCUGGAACUUCAGUUGAGCUAACUCUUAAGGAAAGUUGGACUGGUGAUAUUUUAAGAAUAAGCAUGAAAGGAGAGGUGGCUCUUCACUAUAAGAGAGAAUUCAGUGGAUGACAAUAUAAUAACAGGUGACGGCAACCACCCUUGUAAUAGUUUUAAAUAGUUACGCAAGAUAGAAUGAAAUAUUAUGAUGGAUAUAUCAAUAAUAUAUCUAUAAGCCAUUUCCCUGUGAUUUACCACAUUAGGAUGAGGUUACUUUUGAUAAAAAAAUAUUUUUUAGAAUUUUUUCCCAAAAUUUAUUGGCUUAAUUAUGGUGUGUGACAAAGCUUUUUGUUCUGAGCAAGCUCAUAUGAUGUUGUUGCCUUCAACUGUAUUAUUUUAGAAAUACUUAUUUUUCCAAUGCCUCCAGUGUACAAAAUGCUAUAGUUAUUAAUAAACUAUUCAAAGGUCAUGUUGAUUACAAUUUAUUUAAUUUCAUUGUUAUUUAAAUUAAAAAAGAAAUACCUUUUACUGUUAUAGUUGCUAAUUAUAUUUAAUUUAUAUAAAAGUAAAACAGAAAGAAAUAACUAAUGGGUAGCCUUCACAGAGCAAACAAAGAACAUAUUUUUAAAAGUUGGUUUCCCAGCAAUCUAACCACAUUUUCUUUAAUAAAGAAAAGUAUUACUAGUGGUAUCUGUAGUGAUUUGAAUAUACUUUUCAAAUCCAGCAUGCUCAUAUUAGAUCCUCUUGAAAAUUAGUCAAAAAUCAUUCUGAUUGAGUUAGUAGAAUACAAGUAUGGGAUCUAAAUCCCAGCAAAAAGAAACAUGACAUUGUAUGUUGCUCUUCCUAGAAAAUAGAUUUGUAAAUGUAUAUGUAAUUAAGGAUAUUGAAUUUCCUGGUAAUGGUACUUCUCUUUAAAACAAUUCCUUUUCUUUAACUUUUUUGUUUUACAAGUAUUUAAAUAGGUAUUUUGUAUCCAUAUUUCCUAAGAAAUAUUUAUGAGGAUCAUCUACAGUUUCAAAUGAAACAUCUAUGUUCAGCCAUUUGUUCCCUUUGUCUAAUUAUCUAAAAUAUUUUGUCUUUUAAUCUUUAGAAAAUAUGCUUAGAUUAUCUGCAAUAAAAAAUUUAUUUUGAUAACUAAACCACAAAUCUCAAGUUAGAUUUAGAUUAUCCGAUAUAAAAUAUUAUUUUAGUGAUUCUAUUUUCCUUUCUCACCAUUUGUUUAUUUUAAGAGAAUGUCAUUCUGAUGGAAAAGUGUAGACAACCACACCUCCUUCUGCUGAAUUUAAUGACAAUUUCAUAUUUAACACUCCGAGGAAGUCAUUCAUUGGCCGAAAGUGUUAAGGUUUUGUUUUGUUAUCCAUAUAAUGAACAAGUUUUUAAAGCAUUUAUAUAAAAUCAUGUAGUGUAUGCUUUUGUUUUGAUUUACAUGAAAUAUAAUAAUAAUUUGACUUUUCUUGACCUAGGCUAGCAGUUCAAUUAUGUUACAAAGCUUGUGUUAUUAUUGAUUAUUAUUAUAAAAGUUUCAGUUCAUUAAAAUUAAUUAUGAGUUAGUAAUACACUAGAUGUCCAUGAUUCCAAACAGUGUUACAAAACCAUUAAAAUUAAGAGAUUGGUUAAGUGUUUGUUCAUUAAUGUAAUAUAUCGCUUUGUUUUUUUCCUCUACCGUAAUAAAGAUCGAUACUUAUUAUAAA